AUGCAUCAAGAAAUCCCAGAUAAAAUUGCUACAGUCUACGGGUCGUUAAUCAAAACACGGCCAGCUAGACAAUUGGGACCUGCUACACUCACUGCCCUUCUUGAGCGUCCACUCCCAUCAACCGAGGCCACUCUCACUAGGAAACAUUCACCAUACGCGGCUCAUGCUUUGCAAGGGGCACCCUUCCAUCCCAAAAGUUUUGCCUAUGGACGAUUGGAGCAUUUCAAGUAUCUUGCUAUGCAGCUUCUCGGGAUGGACGUUGAUGAAGUGCGGGCACGCAAUCCUCUACCGGCAGUAGUAAACACCUUAGUGGUCGCUGAUCAAAUGUCUCGUGUACCCCUGAUAUCGUAUGGCAUCGGUACACUGGAGUACGUCAGCCUGAAUAUGCACUAUGACAUUCGAUUAGCUCCGCGUGACGAUAUAGAAUCUCUUGGCUACAUGCUCCUCAGUCUUGCUGUGGGAGACCUUCCAUGGACAUACAACACUCGACAUGGAACAAGCAAGAAUCAGGAAGUUCAGUUUUGGAUCAAAAAGCACUUGAAGUUUGAUCAACUGCCAGACUAUCAGCUGCUGCGUUUGCAAAUACAAGAAACUUUUGCACCAGCUGGCUUACUGGACUCUGCCACGAUCGAGUGGAAUAUUCCAGCUGAGGCUUUGUCAGAUACCAUUCCCCUCUGCCCUGGACAGGUUGUAUGUUGCCAAAUUGAUAUUCGCACAACGCUUGAGGGCUACAGCGCUCGAGUGGGUGAUCCAUUGUUCUGGCGGGAUCCCGGUCUCUCCCCUGAAAAAUGGAAUACAGCGGCGGUCUGCCCUGCGACUGUUCUCUGGGUUGGAAUAGACAACCAAAGCGAGCUCCAGAGUAUUGUAGUCGUCUGUAUCGGACAGGGCGUCUCUCUUCCACUGACAUGA